AUGGCCGGUGGCUCAAAACUCUCUCCCUUCGGUCAUGCCAUAGCCGGAACUGGCGGUGCCAUGUUCGCAUUGACCUGCACCUACCCUCUUGACAUCAUCAAAACUCGUAUGCAGGUUCGGUCCAGAACCGCCACCAACGCUUCUGAUCCCAACGUAUACCUCUCCACCACCGACGCCGUGCAAAAGAUUCUCAAGACCGAAGGUCUCCCUGGUCUCUAUGCCGGUCUCCUUUCUGGACUCCUCGGUACAGCCUCUCAAAACUUUGCCUACUUUUAUUGGUACACCUUCAUCCGAACCGGCUAUGUCAACCGUCAACCCGCAGGAGUUGCCAUCUCGACCAUCAUGGAAUUGUUGAUCGGCGCUGGAGCUGGAGCAUUGGCUCAGAUCUUCACCAUCCCCGUCGCUGUCGUCACCACUCGCCAGCAGACCAUGCCCUUGGGCGAGCGUCAGGAUCUCAUGUCGACUGCCAAGGAAAUUGUUGACGAUGAGGGCUGGACUGGACUCUGGAAGGGACUGAAGCCCUCGCUGGUCUUGGUCAUCAACCCCGCCAUCACCUACGGCAUGUACUCUCGCAUCCAGGAGGUCGUGCUGAAAGCGUUCAAGCGCAAGGACAUGACCCCUGGACUGGUCUUCCUUGUCGGAGCUCUCGCCAAGAUCCUGGCGACUGUUGUGACAUACCCCUAUAUCAUGGCUAAGGUCCGUCUUCAGUGGAAGCCCUCCAAGAAGGAUGCCGAGACGCACAAGCCAUACACCGGAGCCAUUGAUGUUCUCCAGCGUGUCUUUGAGAAGGAGGGCGUCAAGGGUUGGUACACCGGCAUGCAAGCACAAAUCUCCAAGGCCGUCAUCUCACAGGCUCUCCUUUUCAUGGUCAAGGAUCAGCUCGAGAAGUACACGAUCGUGCUUUUUGCUCUCCUCGCUAAACAGAAGCUCCAAAAGGUCAAGUAA